AUGUUUGACUUUCUCCAUAACUGCUUUUCAGCUACCAUUAUAUUUGUCAUUAUUACGAAAGAUUUUGGAAGUCAUUUAGAGUCGUUCAGAUAUUUGUUGCUUGCUUGCUUGCUUGUUCCUCAAAACUAUCUCAUUCUUAGCUAUCGCUUAGGGACAAUACUGACUGCUGUAAGUGGUAUUUUUACGAAUCUUUCACUGUCUAAUUGUUGUCCUUAUUCUAAUAUUUGUGUUACUACUUUUCAGCUUGGUUUAAAAGACUGCGAAGACACAAUCAUUGGAGUACCGGGACAAAAAAAGGGUAUUUCUGGCGGUGAAUCGAAACGAUUGUCGUUUGCCUCAGAGCCGACUACAGGUCUUGACUCGUUUAUGGCUGAAAGCGUGGUUAACGUGCUCUACCGCUUAGCGUCGAAGGGAAAGACCAUUCUGUGCACGAUACACCAGCCACCAUCUAUGGUCUAUUCAAUGUUUAACUAUGUCUAUUUUUUGGCCGAAGGACGGCUGGCAUAUUCAGGUCCUACAGCAAACGCGAUCACGUUCUUUUCUUCGAUCGGCUACGCUUGUCCAACAGAUUUUAAUCCGGCCGACUAUUUCAUGCACGUUUUGGCGGUAGAUCCUAGUAAAGAAUCACAAAGUGCAGAAAAAAUAAAGGUAUGUAAAUUAUUUUUAAUUAACAAUAGUUAUUACCUGUGUUUGGAGAAACACCUGUUCAAAGCUUCAUGGUGUGAGCAAUUCCGGGUUCUUAACUGGCGUUGCACAUUGAGCUCGAUCCGCAACAGACGGUUCGUAUUGGUGAAAUAUCUUCAGAAAAUUAUAUUCGCUAUUUUCGUUGGAAUGCUCUAUUUCGGAACGACGCUUGACCAAGCGGGCAUCAUGAGUAUCAAUGGCGCUCUGUUUUACCUGUUGGCCGAAUUCAGUUUUUCCGUGGCAUAUGUGGUUCUCAAUCUGCUGCCUGCCGAAUAUCCGGUUCUCAUUCGAGAGCACCACAGUGGACUUUACAAAGUUAGUAGCUACUAUAUAAGCAAGGUGUUGUCUAUGGUAAGUCAAUUUAGGAUCACUGCAGACCUUAUAAAUAUAUUGCUGCAGAACAAUGAUUCUCUUUCGUAUGUAGGAUCUAUGAUGUCAGCAGCGUCACCAAACUUUGCAGUUGCUGCAAGUCUGGCUGGUCCACUGUUGACCUUGGUACAACUCACUGGUGGCCUGUACGCUAAUGUUGCCACACUGCCGGUUUACCUUUCAUGGAUUCAGUACUUGUCGUGGUUUCGGUACGGGUUCGAGGCAGUGGCUGUCAAUCAGUGGCACGGGAUCGAAAACAUAAGUAAAUGUUACGAAAUACUGAAAAACCUGAACUUCUCAGCGGUAAAAUAUUAUUUAAUUUCGAUCAUAUCGGUAAAUCUGGCAUUCUAA